AUGUCAUCAAAGAACACAUCUACUGCGUCAAGUGUAGAUACAGAGAAACUUAAACGAAAAUCUAAUGAUCCAGGAUGGGAAUAUGGAGUCUUGGCGGAUCCUAAAAACAAAGAUAGAGUGAAAUGUCUUUUGUGCAAUAAAGAGAUGUCCGGAGGAAUCAAUAGACUUAAACAUCACAUUGCACAAGUAACGGGAAAUGUUGCCGCAUGUCCCAAAUCCACAAAAGAUGACCAAAUAAAAUGUAGAGAUGCCAUCCUCGGGAACAAAAAUAAAAAGAAAGGAAAACAACACGAUGAUGAAAAUUUAAGAGCGGGGGUGGAUAUUAGAAGCGACAAAGAAAGCAUUAUCAUUGAGGAUGAUGUAAUGGAAGAUUCCUUUGGUGCUAGAAAGCCUCCAAGAUCUUUUGGUCCCUAUGAUCGUUUCGGUUUUACAAAGGCUCCUGAUAAUUUAAAUAGGGAAAAAAACAAAAAUGGUGAUCUUUCAAAUGUUUUUCGUAAGGAACAAAUUACUCGCUUACAAGAGUACAUUUGUAGAUGGGCGUACGAAUGUGCAAUUCCUUUUCAUGCAUUUGAGAGGGAUAGUUUCAAAAUGAUGUUGGAAGCGGCUGGCCAAUUUGGACGUGGUGCUCCACCUCCAACUAGGUAUCAAAUGGGGGAGACAUACCUCAAGAAAGAAGUUGAAAGAAUACACAAAUUGUUGACACCAUACAAAGAUGAAUGGAAAUCUAAUGGAUGCUCUAUUAUGACGGACGCAUGGUCCGAUAGAAAGAGAAGAAGCAUCAUGAAUUUUUGUGUGAAUUCGAAAUCCGGAACCAUUUUUUUGUCCUCUAAAGAGUCUUCGGAUGAAUCUCACACAAGUGAGCACAUAUAUGAGUAUGUAGAAGCUUGCAUCAAGGAAGUUGGGCCCGAAAAUGUUGUUCAAGUUGUGACAGAUAAUGCUUCAAAUAAUAUGGGAGCGGCAAAGUUGUUAAAAGAGAAAAGGCCAACUAUUUUUUGGACAUCAUGUGCGACGCAUACCCUCAAUCUCAUGCUUGAAGGUAUUGGUGGGCUAUCUAGGUAUAACAAAAUUCUCACUCAAGCGAAAGCACUAACCGUGUUCAUUUAUGCCCAUCAUAAAACAUUGGCUUUGAUGAGGCACUUCACUAAAAAAAGAGAUAUUGUUAGGCCGGGAGUCACGAGAUUUGCUUCCGCAUUUCUCACUUUGCAAAGCUUGGCAGAUAAGAAGGCCCAACUGAAACAAAUGUUUACUAGUGAUGAAUGGGAGGCUUGUAAGUUUAGAAAAUCAGCAAAAGGGAAAGUAGCGCAUUCGACAGUGAUGAAUAUCCCAUUUUGGACUGGAGUAGCUUUAUGUUUAAAAGUUUUUACUGCAUUGGUUAAAGUUUUGCGGAUGGUUGAUGCGGAUCGGAAGCCAUCCAUGGGGUUUAUCUAUGGUGAGAUUGAGAGUGCAAAACAAGAAAUCAUGAAUGUUUUGGGCAAUAAAGAAAAAUACUACCAACCGGUUUUGGAUAUCAUCUCAAAAAAGAUGAAAGGUAGGCUUGAUACGAAACUACAUUUAACAGCCUAUCUUCUAAACCCUUAUUAUCUUUACAACAAUCCGGAUAUGCAAAAUGAUCUUGAUUUGUCGGAUGCGAUUGUUGAAUUUGUUGCUACCAUAUAUCCGGGAAAUCACACUUUGCAAAACCAUAUCGUGACGGUUGAGUUGCCAGUGUACAAGAGUAAACAAGAAAAAUUUAGUCGGGAAAUGGCAACUAAAGGAUGCUUGGUGAAUGACGACAACUUUGAUCCGGCAAAUUGGUGGGGAGCUUACGGUGCCUCAACCCCUGAAUUGACAAAGAUUGCUAUUCGGAUACUUUCUUUAACAACUAGUUCAUCGGGUUGUGAAAGGAAUUGGAGCACUUUUGAAGGGGUGCAUACAAAGAAAAGAAAUAGACUAGAGACAAACAAAUUGAAUAAUCUUGUUUGUGUUCAAUUUAAUGCAAAUUUGAUGCAAAUGAACAAGAAAAGGAAGACUAAGGGUAUGGAAGUAUUAUUAGCCAAUGAUGCAAGUGAGGCUCAAGAUUGGAUUGUUGAAGGUGAUGUAGAAGAAGCACAGCCUGAAGUACCCUCGGCGACAUCGAUCAAUGGUGAAUCUUUAGAAAAUCGAAGAAGUUCUAGACUGAGAGAACUUGAAGAAGAAGAUUUUGUUUCCGAGAAUGAAGAGGAAUUGAGUGAUGAGGUUGAAUAUGAAUCAGAUGGGGUUAACAUUAAUGAACAAUAUGGAGAUCCCUUGGAAAAUAUUUUGGAAGAAGACGACUAG